AUGAGGAGGUCUGUAGGCCUGAAUCCGUACGUGAAGGCCUCGCUGGUGUGCGACGGGCGCCGCUUAAAAAAGAGGAAGACGUCGAUAAAGAAAAACACUCUGAACCCAACGUACAACGAGGCGCUGGUGUUUGACAUCCCCAACGAGAACAUCGAGAACGUCUCCAUCGUCAUCGCCGUCAUGGACUAUGACUGGCUCAAAAUUAUUAAAUAA